CUUUACAUAGUAGCGUAGUAAAGCACACUUGAUGACUACUUGGAUUUCCGCUUCUACUCACCACUGGCUUCAUCCUAUACACAUACAUAACCUCUGUUAUAUGUUUAGGUUUAUACCUCCUCUAACUCUUCAUAGUGGCUCACGCGAGCUGGCUAAGAAUAUACCCAAGAAGACAAGAAAGAUCCCUUACAUGCUUUAGCGCUAUACAGUUAAGUGAAUGAGAGUGCCAACUUUAUAAGGCGCUACCGACAGUGGUUUCUGGGUAUGUAGGCGCAAGCACGCGGGAGUGGGCAGUGGGAUUGAUAAGGUGACGCUGAAGAAAGCCUAUUGCUGGCAAAGUGCUGGUAAGAGGCGGAGCGUGAGCGCGGCAAAGUG